GCUAUUUUCGGCUAUUUUUAAAACCAACAUACUAUCAAGACUUUAAUCGCAUUAAAAUGGACGUGACAGUUGUUGGUUCUUGUAAUAUUGAUCUUAUAAGUUAUGUACCACGAUUACCAAAGCCUGGUGAGACGCUGCAAGGAUCCAAGUUCUCCAUGGGGUUCGGGGGGAAAGGGGCCAACCAGUGUGUCAUGACAGCAAAGCUGGGAGCCAAAACUGCCAUGGUUGGCAAAGUUGGCAAAGAUACAUUUGGUGAGGAUUUCCUGAAAAAUUUCAAUAACCUUGGUGUGGAUACAACGCAUUGUUGCACAACGGCGGAGGUUAUGACUGGCGCUGCGCCUAUCUGUGUGGAUGAGACAGGCCAGAACUCAAUUGUGAUAGUCCCUGGAGCCAAUCUCCUACUGUCAGAAGCUGAUUUGGCAGCGGCAGAGCUGGUGAUCGCGGGGUCAAAGGUUGUUGUCUGUCAGUUGGAGAUCAACCCUGACGUCACACUAGCUGCCCUAAAAAUGGCUAAACAACACAAAGUGAGAACAAUAUUAAACCCAGCACCAGCCAUUCCAUUGAAGCAUGAAUUCUUUGAAAACACAGACAUCAUCUGUCCUAAUGAAACUGAGACGGAGAUCUUGACGGGUAUAUCAGUGCAGUCAGUAGAUGAUGCAAAGCGGGCAUGUAAGGAGCUGCAAGCCCGCGGGUGUGGCAGUGUGGUGGUCACCCUGGGAGCCCAGGGGUUAUUGGUGUCGGUGGAAAAGGAUGCUCCACCUACACAUGUACCAGCACCAAGUGUUCAUGUGGUCGACACAACGGGGGCAGGAGACUCAUUCAUUGGUGCGUUGGCCUUCUUCCUGUCCACACGACCCGACCUGGGUCUGGUGGAGUCGUGCAGACGGGCUGUGCAGAUUGCCUCCAUCAGCGUGCAGGCCCCUGGCACUCAAACAAGCUUCCCCACUCGCUCACAGCUACCUCAAGAACUGUUUCUGUAGUCACAUGUGUUGUGUUUGAUACACACAAUGCCAGUUAGUCCUCUGGAAGUGUUCAUGUUGUCAAAACUUUAUUGUGGCUGUCAACAAACAAAUUAAGUUUAGUUCAAAAGAAAUAAAUCAGAACAUGUAUUUCCUUAAAACACUAAAAUUAAUAUGUCAAUAGAAAUAUUUUUCUGGUUCGAUUUCUGGGAUAGAAAGAGAAGUAUUUUGUAAAGAAAUACAAUGAUUUAGGAAUUUUUUCCCCAAAUAUAAAGUCAAACUUUAACAUCUCGUGUAUUAAAUGAAAAGGACACCGACAGGUAUUUGUUGUGAUUUUAUUUCUAUGAGAAUAGGACUGGUGCUCUUUUAAUUUUUUUUAUUGUAUGCUUUAUGUAUUUAUUCAGAAGUUUUACUGGUAUUCAUUUGAUAUUGUUUAAAUUUUAUUGUUUUUAUUACAAAUAAAGUAUUAUAUAUUUGCAAUAAA